AUGGUUUUUCCCAAAAACCUUAAAGAAAUUUAUACUAAAAUAGAACACUCGUUACGCGAAGCAGGUAUUAUUGCCGGAAAAUCUGGGCGACAUAUGAAAUUUCCUUACACGAUUUCUGCAAAAAUAGCUCAAUUCCCAAUAUUUUACUACAUGAAACACAAUAAUAUUUGGAUGUACUAUCCAUUGGGCAUCGCAGUCGGGUUUUACUUCAUUGCAAAAAUCCAUGCCAUGUCAAAUUCUGAAGAAAAUAAACGGAAUUGGGCCGAGACUCAGAGAAAAGCCGCUGAAAAAGAAAAACACAAUUAA